GGUAUGGAAAAGCAAUACCGAGAUGUUGAAGUAAGCAAUUGGUCUUCUUUAUCCGAUUGUUUUCGCUCGUUAAGCAGCGAUCGGCAGAUUCGUGACGCAAGUCGGAACAGCUAAAAGCUUUUUCUCCACGCGAUGUCGCUCUACCGAUUGUUCGCGUAUAAGCUAACUUCCUCUUUUUUCCUCACCGCGGCGCGACGUGGUUGUCUAAUAAAUUCUACUCGAACAAAGACUAAAACGUUUCAUACCAUACUCUGCGAGCUGUACCUAAUAACCUGGUUUAAUUAACGCUAUAUUCAAAACCGGCUCGUUUACGAGUCGUUUCUUCGAUGUCCAAUAACGCAACUGAACGGUGAACAACCGCGAGGAACUGGUGCAAACUCGAUUCGAACGACUUUAUCUCAACGUAUGGGACGUACAAUACCAUUCCCUGUGAAAGAACGUAUUCUAUAAUGUUUGUAUGACAUCGAGUGACAGUGUGUCCCGAUCGAAUCGUAUGGAAAACAGUAUAAAACUAGUGUAGUUUUCCAAGCGGAAAAUAUAAUAGGGGAUCGAUCGACAAUUAAUUGACAAAUGUGGGACGUCGUAAUUUACAAUGUCACGAAAAUUCCAAUUGGUUCUGAACAAAGAAUACUACCGAUGAUUAACGAGAAAACUCGAAAAAUGGGCUUUAAACUCGGUAUCUCGGUGAAAAGCUUUGUGUCGCACAUACAUCGUAGCUACAGAGCGAUACGAAGGCAGACAAUAGAGGGUAAAGUUAUGUCAGAGAGAAAAAAGAUAUUGUAUACUGGAAGCUCUACUAUAACUACGAUACGUUCCAUCAAUGACGCAGAUUCGUGAAAUGAAAAGAAUAUUUCUUUUGCUCGGAUGUUAUACGUAGGUGUUAUACGUAUGCUCGAUGAGAAAAUGAUAAAAAGAAUUUCGUAGCAGUCGUCGCCGCGAUUGAGAAAUUUUUAUUUUUUACUCGUUCGUAAUCCUCGAAUAGUCGCAGAACGUACUAUAUCGGAAUCGUACAACGAAUCGCGAAACUACCAACGAGAGGUUGAAUAUUUCAGUUCGAUUGAAUAUUCCAUAGUCUGUGAUGUGAGUACCUCGUUAUCGAACCUUGUCUACCAUUCCUAUCUCACAUUCUUGUUAACGGUAGUGCUUUUUCUCUGCGUAUAAUAUUAUGCAUACUGAAGCUACAUUUAAGAUCAGGGCUGUAUGUCAAACAAUUUGUCACACCCGACUUGGUUAAAAUUUUACAGAUAGAUUCAUUUUCCAGUCGAAGGUUAAGACGUAAAAUUUUGCGAAAAAUACUUUCCCACUUCAGUGUCACUUCUUGUAAUCUUGAAAACUUCCAUGCUUCGAUUUGAUUGAAAUUUUGAAAAUAACUUCUUUUUAGAUAGAAACAAUAUUUUAGGGAACGAUUUUUGGUGAUUCGAAGAUUAAAAUUUAAAAUUUUGCGGAAAACGUUUUACUAGCGCAAUGUCACUCCCUGCGUUAUCGAUACAGCGAUGAAUGCAAAAUUGGACAAUGAAAAUUUGAAGAAGGAUAUUUGCGGGAAGGAUCAUGAAUCCUUGUUUUGUUUUAGAUCUUUUUAACCGACCAUCAUAAAGCGACUGGCAAUCCUUGUUGGUAUGAUAGAGCGCGGAGGAGAUAAGUAUCACUUGGUAAUAUUCCCUGACAAUAAACGCGACGAAACUAUACUACUGUCGUUAAUCAAGAAACACACCUUAGCUUUCGAGUCAGUAAAAAUGCUUCUCGCAAAAGUUAUUUUUAUCUAAAAGGAACCUAUUUUUGCGGAAGUUAAAUUAUUCUUUUGUAUGUUCGAUCCAUUCUUAAAUCAAUCAAUGAAACAAAAAACCAUAACUUCGAGGAUGUUUCGUGGAAGAAUACACCGCUUGGUUAACAGGCGUAACCAAUUUGACCUGUGUGUCAUAACUGGUUCGAUAAGAUUGAUAAGGAUAAUAAUAACGCUAGUAGUAGUGCAAUAGCAGUAACAGUAGCUGUAGAAGUAACAGUAGCAGUAAUAGUAGUAGUUGUAGUAGCAGUAGAAGUAGUGAUAAGAGCAGUCGUGACUGCAGUAAUAGUUAUAGAGCAGUAACAAGCUACGGUAGUGAUUAUUUUGAUUAGAAAUAAAAAAGCACAUUGACCGCGUUCUUUUAUCCCGCGGACUUCGCUAGACAUUGUUUCUGAAAUCAAUCGACGAAGUCAACGAAUUGGAGAAAAACUGUGACUUAGCAGUGAAAAUAAUUGUUUGGGACAGAUCUAGCAAGAGCAUUUAAAGGACACGGAAUUCUCAGGAGAUACUGCUCUAUUUCUUAUUUAUUCUUAUAUUAUUAUUAUUUAUUAUUAUUCUUAUGAACAAUGCAAGAACUGCCAAAUGAGCUGCAUGAGCAUAAGACAGACCAAGCAAACCAGCAGCCACAGCCACAACAUUCUACACAAAUAGAUAGCGAUGGUAUUUCUCUGGAUCUUGACAAAAAGGAGAUGUAUGAGCGCCUAGAAACAUUUAUAACAACAUUUGUUACGGGAUUUACAAAAAAAUUAAACAAAUACAGAAAUGAGAUAUCAUCAAAGACUAAUACAACAGCAGAAUAUGUAGUGGAGGGACCAGCAAAAGAAUUGUUAGAGGAGUACCAUCACGGGGCAUCAACUGCAGUACACCCAUUGGUUGUUACUGUAACAUAUUUCAUUAAUAGAAUUCAUAGAAAAAAAGCUAAGAGAGUUGUUGAAGUGUUUAGACAUAUAAAAGAAGACGAAUUAGGAAAUAUGUUGGUAGAAGCUGGUGGUAAUAUUUUUUACAACUAUCAAGUUCCGUUUAAUAUGAUCACUGAUAUUGAUAACCAUUGGGCAAGAGGGAUGGAAAAGUUAGCUAUAGAUGCCACGAGAAGAGUAAUAAAUUAUGUUAAUCAGUAUAAACAGCAUAAUCCAGAUAUGGAUGUCUCUGUUGACUUAAUAACUGAAGGUAUAAAGUUAGGUAAAUCUAGACAAGGCUUUCUAAUAACAGCAAUCCAAAAAAUCCCUAAAAUGCCUAAACUUGGACAUACAGUUAAAAUAUGUGAUAAAAAAUGCAAAACUUCAGAAGUGUACGAGAAUCCAGUAAAAAAGGGUGAUGGUACCGCUGGUAAAUACUAUAGUAAAAAAGGCAAUGGUAGCAAUUCAAGGAAGUCAAAGGACACAUCAGGCAUAUUAAAUGAGGACUAUCAAGAAGUGGUAGAACAACCUGAGGAAGAACACAAGUAUAGUUUAUCAUUAGAGGAGGUGGAAGAAAAAGCAAAAGAAACAUUAAAUAAAAUUAACGAAGAAAAUGGUUUGUUUUUACAAAAAAAGAUAAUGAAUGAAAUACAAAAUAUUCAUAAAAGUAUUGAUAAAAUGAAUGGUAGACCAGAAAGUAUACAGGUAAGAAAACCAAUUUAUUACAAUAUGAAAUAUCCAGUAAAGUCGUUCACUGGAAGAGGUAAUGAGUUAAAAUGUUUACACAAAAAAUUACAAAAUAAAAGUAGAAAAGUACUAAUAUCACAAGUGACUGCCGUUACUGGUUUGGGAGGAAUAGGCAAGACUGAAUUAGUUCAAAAAUAUGCUAUAGAAUAUGCUGAACACUAUGAUAACAAUCUUAUAUGGAUAAAUUCUGAUAAUCAUGAAAAUUUAACAAAGUCGUUUAAAGAGUUAGCAGCUGAGAAGUUGAAAAUACCGAUCGAUGAAAAAAUAGAUGGAAAUAUGCAAGAAAAACAAGUUAAAUCUAUUGUUGAAGAUGUUUAUGUGCACUUUAUCAACGUGAAAAGUCUUUUUAUAUUCGAUAAUGCUGAAGAGUAUACAGCUAUUGAAAAAUUUUUACCAACCUUUUUACAUUCUGAUGCUAAAAGACCUUACAUUUUAAUCACUUCUCGUAAUCGGAACUGGGAUGUAGAUGAUGAGGGACAAAUACAUGUAAUGCAAUUAGAUGUCUUUACUCAAAAAGAAGCUAGAAUGUUUAUUAAAAAUUCCAUACAAAAAAAAGAUGGUUUACAAAAGGAAGACAUAGAAAAGUUAGCAAAAAGAUUACAAUACUUUCCACUAGCCUUGAGGCAAGCAAUUGCAUAUAUCAAUCAAGAGGAUAAAAAGCUCAGUAAAAGAGGGAGUGAAAGAUUUAUGGUAAGUGAUUAUUUGAAAAAACUUGAUGAAAACACAAAAUUACUUCAGGAGGGUUAUUACAAAAUUAGUGACAGAUAUUCUGAAACAAUUUUAACAACUUGGGAAACUACCUUAAAAAAGAUAGAAGAAGAUCAAAAUCAUGGCAUGGAAGCUAUAGAUAUUUUAAAGGUCAUGGCUUAUCUUGCUCCUGACAAGAUUCAGGCAAGCAAAAUGUUUGAUAAUGAUGGCGUUGAGCUAUGCGAUAAAUAUUCAAUGAUUGACUUAAAAAAAGGGGGAGUGGCAAGUAUUCACAGAUUAGUACAGGAAGUAAUAAGACUAAUGUUAAAAGGCAAGAAUGAAGAAGAGGAAGUUAUAAAAAAGGCUCUAACAUUAAUAGGAAAUAAUGAAAAUAUAUUUAAGGAUAAUACAAGUCAUGUUACUUCAGUUUGGAGCUAUGCAAGUGGAUAUCGCGAUUUAAUUCAUGAAUUUUAUUUCAAUUUUAACUCUAUUCCUACUUACGGCUAUAAUAACGCUACCCCUUUGCACUUGCUCGCUGAAAAUGGCGAUGAUAAAGCAGUUGAGGCUAUAUUGAACGAGGCUAUACUAAUGACAUUUUCAGAGGAAUUUAGCAAGAUUAUUGAUGCUAAGGAUAAGUAUAACAGAACUCCUUUAUAUAUAGCUGUUGAAAAUGGUCAUGCAAGUGUUGUUAAACUAUUUGUAGAUAAGGAAGCAAAAAUUGAUAUUAAGUCUACUAUUGUUUACAAUUCCCUAAGUACAAAAAAGGCUUCGAACUGGACACUAUUACACAUUGCUGCUUUUAACGGCUACUCAGAUAUCGUUGAAAUUCUUGUCAAUAAGGACGAAACGCUGGUUGAUAUUGAGGAUAGUAUUGGUAGAACAGCAGCAGUUUUGGCUGCUUCCAGUGGCCAGAUAAAUGUUCUUAAAAUUCUAAGGCCUGAUCCAUAUAAUGUAUAUUUAUUGCAUGCUAUGUUUCGUGCUGCUAGAAAAAGUGGCAAUUUAGAAGAUUUAAAGAAUUUUCUAAAUAACCUUAAAGAGAAACGUCAAUUACAGGAUAUAGUAAAUGUGAAAUUAGGAGAAUGGUCUCCUUUGCAUUUGGCUGCAUUUGCUAAUUGGCUAGACAUUAUAAAAAUUCUUAUAACGAAUGGUGCCAAAGUUAAGGAUGCUACACCUAGCUUCACACCCUUACACUCUGCCUCUUCCAAUGGCCAUUUAGCUGUAAUAAAAUAUCUUAAAGAAAAGGGAGCACAUCCUAAAGAUAUUAAUGAAGAUGGUUGGACAUCAUUGCAUGCUGCUGCUCAAAAUGGCCACCUGCAUGUUGUAAAAUAUUUUAUAGAUGAGCUUAAAGAAAUUGAUGUAGAUAUUAUUGAUAACGCACGUGCUACACCUUUGCAUACAGCUGCUUUUCAUGGGAAACUUAAUGUUGUUAAAUUUCUUUUAAGAAGAGGAGCGAAUAUCAAAGCAGUUAAUAUAUUAGGAGCAACACCUUUAUUUACUGCUGCUAUAAACAACAACCGUAAUGUUUAUGACUUCUUGCUAAACAAAGAUGCAACGGUAGUUAACACUAGCGAUGAUCAAACACUUAUUGGCAGGCUUAACAUUUCAGUGUUACACGUUGCUGCUAUAUAUAAUGAUAAACAAAUGAUUGAAGAUUUGAUAAAUAAAGGUGUAGACAAGGAUAUUGGCAAAGAUACUAGUUUAACUCCAUUAUACUUUGCUAUAUUUUUUGAUAGUUUGGAAGCUACCGAGUAUUUAAUUGCUAACGAGGCUGCUACUAAUGUGGAUAUAAAUAUUCCUAUUAUAAGAAAAGUCCUUGAAGAAACAAUAAGAGAUAGUACCUUGAAACCUCAUAGUAUGCCUAAAUUUGUUAGCACAUUGAUUAAUUUUGCUAAUAUCCUUCCUGAUGUCAUAAAAAUAUCAGCAAAUGACUUAAAGCGUGUUAUUGAAAAAUUAUGUAGUUUAAUUCCCAAUUUUGAAGCGCUAAUAGAUAGCUUAAAGAUAUAUGUAGAACAAAGGAAAAAUCCAGGUUUAGAUCUUCCCUUGCAUGCAGUAUUUUUUACACAAGAAAUUGGCAUUAAUUCUGAAGAUGGUGAUGGAGGGGAUAGGGCGAUUUCGAGUCAGUGGAGUAUUUAGCAUAGGUAAUAAGACGCGGAAACCUCUCUUGAGGAACCGUAUCUAAACAUUUCCCCGACGUCGAACCGUCGAUAAUUGGUUUUAAUCAGUCGUCAAAAAAACCUCAAGAGGUUCAAAUCCGAGAUUUCGGUUGCCUUCGUCGCAUAAAACAUUGAAGCAAACGAACAUGACUCGUUUUUCGUUUGAUAGAAAGUAAAUGUUAAUAUAUACUUUUAAUUUAAUGUUUUGUAUAAACAAUAUGUGAAAUCGUUAAAUAUCUGUGUACGAUAAUGCUUAGUAAGUUUUAUGAGACACCUAAAAUGCAUACAUUACUCAUAAAGUUUACUGAUAAAGAAAUGGUUUUAAAAAAUAAGCAAAAAGAAAUAAAUAAUGCAAAAGAUAUAGGUGUUAAGAAAACAGAACAUACUGAAACAAGAAAACAGAACUACACAAACCAAGCCCCUGUGACAUCAACCACAUUUCAAUCCGCAUCAGUGACCAGGCCACCGCGGACAAGAUGGCAACCAAAUGUCUAUACAUCCUUAUUGGGUACUAGCGUAACUAUCUGUGUCUAUAAAGUUGUUGGAAUAAAGUGUGAAUUGUAACCUAUUAACUCAGUGUAUACUCGAAAUAAAAAAAAUUGGAUGAAUUUAUUGGAAA